AUGUCAUAUGCAGCAUGUCCUUUGAAUUUUAUAAACAUUAAUCAAAAUCAAAAAGAAGAUUUACUUAGAUUUGAAGCAUCUGCAAUAGACAAUUUUAAGCAUUUAAAAAUUAUAGAAUUUAAAUCAAGAAUUCGUAUUAGUUUAAUAAUUUUUGUAAUUUCUCUUUUUAUUUUUCUUACCUAUAAAUUCAGAAAUAAUAAAAUAAUAAUUGAAACUUCAAAUAACAUACCUUUAAUUAUCUUUGUUUCAUUUUUUUUCUUCUUUUUACUUAAAUAUUAUUACAAGAAUUUAUUUAAAUCAAAAAAUUAUAUAAAAAGUUUAAACAAAACAUUAAAAAGUUUUAAUUUGUAUCUUGAUAAAAAAAGUUUAAAACUUUGUAUUAUAGGUUUAAAAAAAGAGUAA